AUGAAGGGGUUCACCAAAGCAAUCAAGCGAACGCCUCACCUUGUCACAUCUAAAGUUGGCUUCGCAAAGAAGUCUUCUGAUCCCGAAUUCGACGACUACAAUCGUCAUUUCGUCAGCCUCGAGCAAGCCACAGAGAAGUUGCUCAAAGAUACCAAGAUAUUCUCUGAAUCUGUUAUAUCCCUCUUCACUUCUUCUGUGGGUUUUGCCAACCAUUUCAAUUUUAUAUUCUCUCCGCUAGCUAGCGAGUAUAACUUGCAAGGCAAGCAUCCCUCCUGCGAAGCAACUAUCGCAAACACUCCUCCGUACUCGACUUCUCUCGACGAACUUCGUUCUGCGAUCUCCCCUGAACUCGAACUCAUCGAAUCACGAAUUGUUGCACCCGUGAAAGAGUUCCAGGGUGUCCUCAAGCUGAUCAGGAAGAGCAUUACAAAACGAGAUCAUAAGCUGGUCGAUUAUGAUCGAUUCAAUAAUUCACUUACUAAAUUGAGGGACAAGAAAGAGAAGAGUUUGAGUGAUGAGAAGAAUUUGUUCAAGCUUGAGCAAGACUUCGAGAUUGCCACAAAUGAGUAUGAUUACAUUAACAACGCGCUCAAGACAGAUCUCCCGCGGUUCAUGCAACUUGCAACUCAUUUCGUCGACCCUCUUUUCCAUUCAUUCUUUUACAUGCAGCUCAACAUUUAUUAUCUUUUCCUUGAGAAAAUGAAUUCAUUCGCGGAGGGUCGAUACGACGUUACCAACGUUCCUGGUGCUCAAAUCCAGGCUGACUAUGAGGAGAAGCGAACGGAUGCAUGGAGUCAAAUUGAGGAUCUCAGCGUCACCAAGCGCUUCAUAUCAACCUCUAAAUUCGUGCAAGCUAAUCGCGCCGCUGGCGGCAAUUCGUUGACUGUCGGUUCUUCCAUUGGUCGUUCGCCCAGCGUUACAAGUGCUGGAAGUGGGAGCAGCCGCUCAAUGCCACCAUCCCGAACAGCGCCUACAUCUUCCUUUAUCAAGAAGCCACCUCCAGCGCCGCCAGGCCAGACACCUGCUCCUCCUCCUCCAUACACUGCCGCUUCAAAUGAUGUGGGAGCUGGAACUGCAGCUGCAGCAAAAAGACCGCCUCCGCCCCCACCGCUGAAACCUAAACCAAAGCCAGAGCCAGCCGUAGAGUAUGUUACAGCCCUAUAUGAUUUCGAUGCCCAGGCUGACGGCGAUCUUUCUUUUAAAACCGGUGACCGCAUCGAAAUUGUGACCAAGACAGAGAGUCAGGAAGAUUGGUGGACAGGUCGUCUUAAUGGCGACCAGGGUGUGUUCCCAGGCAACUAUGUACAGUGA